AUUGCGACCCGGAACUUGUAAAAAGCCCAUUAGCAUUAAAAAAAAUCUCGACUGCUGUUCCCGAAUAAAGGCUGCUCUUGGCUUAAAACGCAAAAACACACAAACACACACGCUCUGUUUACGGUUUAUCUCAUCAAAGCCAUGACAAGUGCUCAAUGAGGACUCACGUUAGUGAUGGCUGUUGUGUUGUGGAAGGAGGCUUUCCUGUUGACUGGACUGGUGUUGGGGUGCUUCUGGAACAGUCUGCUUUGUGGUUUUGUGUUUGAUGAUGUUUCUGCUAUUUUGGAUAACAAGGACCUUCGUCCCUCGACGCCUAUUCAGAACCUCUUCCUCAAUGAUUUUUGGGGGACGCCCAUGUCAGAGGAGAGGAGCCAUAAAUCUUACAGACCACUCACUGUCCUCACUUUCCGCCUCAACUACCUGCUAAGUCAACUGACUCCUCUGUCCUACCACUUGCUCAAUGUGCUUCUCCAUGCGGCUGUGUGUGUGCUCUUCCUUCGCUUCUGCCGACUGCUGCUGGACCGCAAGACCAGCCUGGUGGCCGCACUCUUGUUUGCCGUCCACCCUGUCCACACAGAGGCUGUCACAGGUGUUGUGGGAAGAGCCGAGCUGCUGUCCUCAAUUUUCCUCCUGGCAGCUUUCCUGGCCUACACCAAGUCGAAAGGCCCGGAUCACGCAAUCGUGUGGACACCUAUUAUUUUGACUGUUUUUCUUGUUGCUGUUGCCACACUCUGCAAGGAGCAGGGCAUUACUGUCAUUGGGAUCUGCUGCGUUUAUGAAGUGUUUGUCGCACAAGGGUUCACGUUGCCCAUGCUCUUUGAGAUGGUGGGGCAAGUGGUACGAGGAAAGAGUGGUUUCCCUUAUGCAGUUCUGCAGACACUCCUGAAGCUUGUGGUGCUGGUCAUCAGCACGCUGCUUCUGGUCAUUGUCAGAGUGCAGGUCAUCCAGUCGCAACUGCCCGUGUUUACCAGGUUUGACAACCCAGCAGCAGUCAGUUCCACACCUGCCAGACAGCUCACCUUUAACUACUUGCUCCCUGUGAACGGCUGGCUCCUGCUCAACCCAUCUGAGCUCUGCUGCGACUGGACCAUGGGUACAAUUCCUCUGGUAGAGUCUGUGCUCGACCUACGGAACCUCGCCACUCUGGCUUUCUACGUGCUGCUCGGCACCCUAGCCUAUCACAGCCUUCGCCACAGCCACAACUCUGCCAAAACCGUUAUCAUGGCUCUUUCUCUUAUCGUCCUCCCAUUCAUUCCUGCAUCCAACCUGUUCUUCCCUGUGGGCUUUGUGGUGGCUGAGCGUGUGCUUUAUGUGCCCAGCAUGGGCUUUUGUGUACUGGUGGCCCAUGGAUUCAAGAGCCUGACAUAUAGAUGGGGACUGAAGAAAAUGUCAUGGCUUUUAAUGGGGAUUCUUCUAACAGCACAUGCUGUGAAGACAUUUAACAGGACCUGGGACUGGGAGUCCGAGUACACGCUUUUCACCUCAGCAUUAAAAGUGAACAAAAACAAUGCCAAACUUUGGAAUAAUGUUGGUCAUGCACUGGAGAAUCAGCAUAAUUAUGAGAGAGCUCUCAGGUAUUUCCUCCAGGCCACGAGAGUACAACCAGAUGACAUUGGAGCGCACAUGAAUGUUGGAAGAACGUAUAAGAACCUCAAUCGGUCCAAGGAGGCUGAGGAGGCUUACCUCGUUGCCAAAUCUCUAAUGCCACAGAUCAUUCCAGGAAAGAAGUAUGCUACUCGUGUAGCCCCCAACCAUCUAAACGUCUACAUCAACCUGGCCAACCUGAUCCGGGCCAAUGACUCACGCCUAGAGGAAGCCGACCAGCUAUACAGACAAGCGAUUAGCAUGAGACCAGAUUUUAAACAGGCUUACAUUAGCAGAGGAGAGCUUCUUUUAAAGAUGAAUAAGCCCAAUGAGGCGCGAGAUGCUUACCUGCGGGCUUUAGAGUUGGAUCAUACCAAUGCUGACCUGUGGUACAACCUGGCUAUUGUCAACAUUGAGAUGAAGGAGCCAACAGAAGCUCUGAGGAACUUCAACCGUGCACUGGACCUGAACCCGAGGCACAAGCUUGCCCUUUUCAACUCGGCCCUGCUCAUGCAAGAGUCUGGUGAAGCAAAGCUCCGCCCCGAAGCCAACCGGCGCUUUCUCACCUACGUGAAGGAGGAACCAGAUGAUGCUAAUGGCUACUUCAACCUGGGCAUGCUGGCCAUGGACGCCAAUGAGAACGAGGCUGCUGAGAGUUGGAUGCGGCAGGCCGUCCGGCUGCAGCCAGGCUUCCGGAGUGCCCUCUUUAACCUGGCAUUGCUGUACUCUCAGUCUCAGCGCGAACUGGAGGCACUGCCUGUGCUGGAUGAGCUCCUGUGGCACCAUCCCGAGCACGUCAAAGGCCUCAUCCUUAAGGGAGACAUUCUCAUGAACCACCGCAAGGACACUCAGGGGGCCCGGGCCUGCUUCCAGCGCAUUCUCCGCACGGAUCCCAACAACGUCCAGGCCAAACACAACCUCUGCGUGGUCUACUUUGAGGAGAGGGACCUGCCGCAGGCUGAGCACUGUUUGGAGGAGACUCUGGCCAUGGCUCCACAUGAAGAGUACAUUCGCCGCCACCUGGCCAUCGUCCGCGGAAAAAUGGCAGCGAUGAGUGCUGCUGGACAACCGGUGUUGUCAGCAGGUGGCACUGGACUCCCGGAGAAUCAGCAGCAGCAGCAGCAGCAUCAACAGCUACAGCAGCAGGAGGGCCAUGGAAAGGCAGAAGAGGAGGAGAAUGACGAAGAGUGGCGAGCCGCAGCAGCGGGAACACGGGAAGGGGCUGAGAACGAGAAGAAUUUGCGGAAAUCCUCCCCCGCUGAAAGCUCCGGUGGCCCAGGCCAGGGCCAGGCGAAGAAGCUGGGUGCCGGCCAGCCUGACAGGCGGACUAAGAGCAAAUCCACAAAAGAGAUUAAAGACAUAGAAAAGAAAAGGGAGGCCGCCUUGAAGAGACUGGAGGAGAUUGAACGCUUAUUAAGCAGUGAUUAACCUCGUUGUUUGUCUACUACUACAGGACAACUUUUAUACAAGUGCAGGGAUGAGGCUCAGCACUUUUUUGAGACAAGCCCUUGUUUAUGCAUGUAUUUAAGGACCCCAACUGAGGAGAUAGCAGCUUGUUUGUUUUGGUUCGUGUGAGGCAUUAAUUAGGUACAACCUUGGAGUUAAUAAGGAAGAUCUGGUGUGCACUCCCAGCAUAAAAGGAGAAAAGCACAAAAAUAGAUACACUUUUAAUGAGAGAAAAUCAAGGAUACAGAAAGGCUGCGAAACUGAUAGAAUCUUCUUUAAAACAAAAAUCUUAUUUUGAAUUAUCUUUGUUUUGUCUUUUGCAAUCACUGGACUAAAUUUGAAGAUGUGGGAUAUGUCCCACUUCACUUAAAUCACGUUCAUUUUCACUGCCAGUUAUAUUAAGCAUCGUAAUCAUAAUCACAGACAAUUAAAGGAAACAAAUGCAUAAGCAGCCUCUGUGUUUCCCCCCCUCCAGUGACUGUGUCGCAUUUCCUCUCCUUUUGCCUGCUGUUUGUUCCACAUUUGCCCCCUUUGCUGCCUAUACCUCAUGGUGUCACUGUUCUUUUUAAAUCGCCUGACACCAUCCGGGAUGUUGAUCUCACCCUUAAUCAGGGUUGGCUCCUGCUGUUGCUGGUAGCUUUGCGAUGUUCGUCUGCCCCACCCUACGUUCUGCCCAGGGCUGUACCAUAUGGCCGCCUGCAUGCCUCUGUGACUCCCCCACAUGAUCAGUGAUUUUAACAGUGCGGUCAUGCCUCACCGUAUUUCCCUUUGACUGGGGUGUUUUGACCUAGUUUUCACAGUGCUUCCCUUUAUUUUUGAAAAACUGUUGCUUGUUUUCACUGCAUAGAUCAAACACGGUUCGCAAAAUCAGGCAUUGAGGGAGAAAUUGAUGAAAUCUUCAUUCACAGUGCUGAAUGUUAACACUGGGCUGGAGGGGGAUGCACUCUUUACGCUAUCGAAGUUACUUACUAGAAACCUUUUCUAAUUCUUUUUUUCAAAUAUUUUUUUUUCUUUGUUAUAAAGUACUGUAUGUUUUAAAAGACAGGAUUAUAUUAAUGAGCUUGUACUUGAUAUUCCUAAUGUCCUGUUGACGCACAUAAUCCCACUAUGUAGAAAGUGAUGAAUGAAAUUGCCAUGCCCACUAGUCUCCUUAAUCACCAUUAGCCAUACGCUUUCUGUCUUUCAAUGCCCUUUCAAUGCCUGCGAGUCUAUUACGGCAUCAACAGAAAGGUUGUUUGGAUUUCUUUUUCCGUCAUCACCUGAGACAAGUUAGCACCUGGCACACUGAAAGAUCUCUGAAUCAUGUAAAACAAUGCAUUUUUACAUGCUAAUCGACGAAUGCUUUAAGUGACGUUGCACUCACCCUGUUAAAGGCCUCGGAGCCCAUGUGGGACUGUUUUUCACUUUCAUUAAACACUUCACAUUAAAAGCCACACGAAACUGGUGGCGUUUUGUUCCUGUAAAACAUUUGCAUUGAUGGUAUUACCCGUUUUUGACCACAGGUGAAAUAGCCGUUGAUGGGAGAACUUCAGAAUGGUUGUGCUUUGCUGCUCUCAGUUAUUUUUUAACAGUGUGAAAAAGUGCAUUGAUAAACACUAUUAAAUAUGUAAAUUGCACUGUUUCUCCAACAUUAUUUAUUAACCUGGAUGAGGGCAGCCUAUUUAGGCACCUGGUGGCCUAUGCUUUAGCACAGUGGAUUUCUCUUCUCAAACAGACCUGAUUCUACUCUAUGUAGUACCAGGUUUAGUCAGGUACCCAGGCUUACCAGUGUUUAGAGAUACCACUGAACUGUGCGGGGCCGUAUGGGCACCACUGAGUGUACGUAAUUUAUGUUUAGCCGAACUGCUGCAAACCCGUUUAACAGACGAAAAACAUGAAAUCGUAUUUCAACCCCCCUCCUCUCAGGAUGAACCCUGAGAAAGUAUGCUAUUCAUCAGUGAGCGUAUGCAGUGCCUCCUUCGAGGAUGUCCUGCCCAAACGUGAAACAAUGGCUUAACUUACCUACUGCUGAGCUGUAACCUAAACCACUAUUAAAAAAAGCAACAAAAAAAAGAUUUAUUGUAUUUUACACUGGUUCUUUCUCUUGUAGUACAGACCACCAUUUGGCUCAUUGGCGGUGACUGCCUUUAUGGUUUUCAAAUAAAGAAAGUUAAAAACAA